AUGGCUCGUGAAGGCACCCGCUCGCAAACCGGCCACUCCAAGCCGCGCAUCUUCGAGACAGUAGACACUGCGCCCGUCACCCAGCGCAAGAAGACCACCACCAAACCCGCUGUCAAGAAGGCCCCCGUUGCGCCGGCUGUCAAGGGCGCCAAGCCCACCGGUGUCACAAAGAAGAAGACAGCCCCUAAGAAGGACGGCCCUGUUGCCAAGGUACGUCCGUUUGUUUUGGUGAUUUUGGUCCCGUGCCCUUCGAACAACCAGAAAGGCACUUGGAUGGAAAGCAGCGCGUGAUGCCUCAGUCGCAGAUUUGGAUACCUGCUGGUCAUUUCUCGUGGCUAUGCGGGUUCUCCUCUAUGGCCUCAAUUCCCGGGCGCGUCAUACGUGUAUCUUCAUAU